UUUCUAUUUCUCUGUUAUAUAUUAUUAUUUCAAAACUCUUUUUACUGAUAAAUUGUAUAUUUUGAUACUCUUACAGUAUAAAUCACUUUUAAGAAAAAUUAAGAAUGAAAACAAUCUUCAUUAGCUUUCUGUUUGUGAUAAUUCUCUUAAUAAACCCAAGUUUAGGGGAUGAAGAAGAUUCAAGAACAGUAUACCGUGGAGGAAGUUAUCGUUUAAGAGGACGAGAAGACGAUGAAGAUUCAAGAACGGUUUAUCGUGGAGGAAGUUAUCGUUUAAGAGGACGAGAAGACGAUGAAGAUUCAAGAACGGUUUAUCGUGGAGGAAGUUAUCGUUUAAGAGGACGAGAAGACGAUGAAGAUUCAAGAACAGUAUACCGUGGAGGAAGUUAUCGUUUAAGAGGACGAGAAGACGAUGAAGAUUCAAGAACGGUUUAUCGUGGAGGAAGUUAUCGUUUAAGAGGACGAGAUGUUGAGGAACCUUUCGUAGUAUCUAAAAACGCUUAUGUUACAGGAGGAGGAAGGGCGUCUGACAAAAUUUCAAAACGAGCUACACCUAAUUUUAUCCGUUUGGGUUAAUCAGAAUGUUAAAAUGUAAUAAUUGAAAAUGUCUACAUAUACAUGGAAAAAAUUAAUUUUAAAAAUAAGCAAAUAAAAUUAU